AUGGCGGCCCUGUGGUUGCUGGCGCUGUGUGCCCCCGCGGCUCGGGGCAUCGCCCUGGGCUCCGGGGCCUCGCGGAAGGACGCCCACGGGAUCGAGGGCGCCAGCGCCGAGAAGCGCGCCGCGGCCCUGGCGGCGCGCGUGUCGCAGUACGAGCAGGCCAUCGAGUACCGCGCCAACCUGUCCAAGGGGCCCCUGCUCGUGCCGCCGCACGUGUCGAUGCCCGCCGCCGGCCGCCCCAGCCUCCUGCAGGAGGCGGGGGCGUUCCAGCCCUCGGCGGAGUUCGAGAGCGAGGGCGGGGCCGCGCAGGAGUCGGCGCUGCCCUGGGGCGUCGGGACGCCCCGCACCGGCGACUCGUGGCCCGUCCACGAGUACUCUGCCAUGCAUAUGCUCGACGUCCCCCACUGGGUCGAGUACAGCCUGGAGACCGGGGACAACAUCCAGACCUUCAGCAACGCUUGGCAGGACGUCAAGCUCAUCACGCAGGUGCUCGAGAACGUCACCAACGGCUUCUACCUGGACACCCACGGCGGGGAUGGCGAGACGCACAGCUACACGCUCCUGCUCGAGCUCACUGGCUGGCGCGGCCUCAUCCUGGAGCCGCAAGUCUACGAGUUCGCGACGCUGUGGGGCAAGAUGCGGAAGGCGUGGAUUUUCCUUGGGUGCCUGUCUCCAACUGGAAACGCCACGAAACUUGGCUUCGACACCGCUGGCGUACUCGACAUGGAGAGCGGUCACCAGAUCCACGCCUACAACUUGCCCACCUUCAUGGAAGAGCUGGGCGGUCGCAAGACCAUUGAUUUCUGGGCCGUCCACAACGGUCACUAUGAGGCUGAGGUUCUGAACGAGACAUUUUUUUAUUCCGGGAAAAACAUCGAGUUCGGGGUCGUAUUGGUUCGCUUCGAUGGUCGUCGGUCUGGUCGUGGCCACCAGUGGUUCGCUCAGCACAGAUCCAAGGACGAAACCGAAGAGCUCAUUUUUGAAAUCAUGCACAACGCCUCCUUCAACUACAUCGGUGGCUUGGACGCGUAUUGGAUCAACUACGUCGAGCCGCGCUUCCAUUACAAUGACCAUGUGUGGGUGAACCCAGCGUACUUCGAGAAGCGCGGCCUUCCAGUCCCGACGUGGUGCAAGUCGGCGCCCCCGCCCGCUCUGAGGUACCCCCGCCCAGGCCACCGCGACGUCCCCGGACUGGACAACCUUGGACAGUGGACAGGAUCGGGAGGUUCCCCGGGGCCGCACGUGUAUGGACAUGCGACCGACAAGACGGCGGGGGCCAUCCCGUUCGGAUACGGAACCCCUGGAAUCCCGUAUGGACCGUCCUCCCGCAACCCCUUCGGCAUCGACCAUCAGGAGUACGACGACCCGGCGUACAUGUCCUUAGGGGGUAGCAACCCGACGAUCCCGGGGCCUGAGGGAGGAGGGGGGACUUGGGACCCCCGCUGGAAGUGGGACGCGGGCUACACCUACGAGGAGGAGACCAGCAAGAUGAUAGCGUACAUCAACAAGGCGAAGGAGGACGCGGCGGCCACGGAGCCCGUGGCCAAGGCUCACCGCGUGUCCUACACCCGGCUGACGUCGGUGGAGGGCCGCUGA